CAGAGCAGCCGUAGUAAAGGCCCUGGGCCCCUCCUGUUCCUGAGAACUAUCUCUGCUGCAGAUGGUGCAGCCACUGCUACCACUGGCACCUGCCAGGCUGCUCUAUUCCUCUUGUUCCUUGGAGAAGACUCUGCAAUGCAGCUGUUCCUUCCAUGGGAUCCCCACACCCUACGUGCAGUGGUGGAUGGGAGGUGUUCUCAUGGGUGUGAAUGGCACACAUGGAGGCAUCCAGGUGAAUUCCACCAUGCUUGGCCCCUGGGCCAACAGCACUAUCAGCCUGACCGAGCAGCCAGAAACGGGCACAAGACUUCUCUGUGAGGGGAGGAACCCAAGUGGAGCCCAUGCUUUGAGCAUCCUACUGAUGUCAAGAAGGAGUUCUUUGGUUCCUCCGACUUUCAUGAAAGGGCUGAUCCAGGGCGUUGUCUGUGGAGUCAUUGUGAUUGCGCUGCUCUACCUCUGCCUCAUGCCUCUUGUAGUGAAACAUAUUAGAAUGAAGCAGGCAAAGAAAAUUGGGGAGAUCAAAGCAGAAAAGAGCCCUAAAGUCAGAGCAUGCCAAGAACCCAAGAUGUCUCUGAAGCCUGAAGAACCAGAAAAAUCCAUAAUCACCGCAUCUUCUGAGAGCCGGAUAUUGAUGCUGCAGACCGACCGGUUCUCCUUCGAGGUCCUCCCGCCACGCGCGCCGCGCCCCGGCCCAGCAGCUCCCGCGCGCAUCCUCAGGCCCUGA